CAGAGCGGGUGUUGCCUGUGGUGGAAAGUUUAAAAGAGAGUCUGUGUCCUGUUGUCCCUCAGCAGAAGCAUCAAUCAACAUGAUCCCCAUUGUGCUGGCCUCAGUGCUCAUUGCUAGCGCCCUUGGGUGCGGCACCCCACCCAUUCAGCCACUGACUUCCCGUGUGGUCAAUGGAGUAGAUGCCAGGCCCCACAGCUGGCCCUGGCAGAUCUCUCUGCAAUAUGAAAGGAGCGGUGUGUGGAGGCACACUUGUGGGGGAUCUCUGAUUGCUGCCAACUGGGUCAUGACUGCUGCUCACUGCAUCAACCCCAAGCUCACCUACAGAGUGUUUGUGGGCAAACACAACCUGGUCGAGGAAGAAGCUGGUGCCAAGGCCAUCCUGCCCGAGAAGAUCAUCGUCCAUGAGAAAUGGAACCAGAUCUUUGUGGCCCUCGGAAACGAUAUUGCCCUGAUCAAGCUGUCAGAGUCUGUGACUUUGAGCGACCAGGUGCAGCUGGGAUGUAUUCCUGCUCCUGGCACUUUGCUGCCCAACCUCUACCCCUGCUACAUCACCGGAUGGGGCAGGGUGUCUACCGGAGGCCCCAUAGCUGAUAAGCUGCAGCAGGCUUUGAUGCCUGUGGCUGACCAUGCCACCUGCUCCCAGCCUGACUGGUGGGGUAUUGCUGUCAGGACCACCAUGGUGUGUGCCGGUGGGGAUGGAAUUGUUGCUGGAUGCAACGGUGACUCUGGUGGCCCUCUGAACUGUAAGAACACAGAGGGUGCUUGGGAGGUCCAUGGCAUUGCCAGCUUCGUCUCUGGCCUUGGCUGCAACUACGAGAAGAAACCCACUGUCUUCACCAGAGUCUCCGCUUUCAACGACUGGAUCGACCAGGUUAUGAUGAACAACUAAAGAAGAUGAAGUGUGAAUAAAAAAGACCCAGCAAACUGUG